AUGGAAAACAAAAAACGAGAGCGCUCAGCCAAUUUUGAUUCUGCUGAAAUUCAGCUCCUAAUUAAUUUAGUGGCAAAAUUUAAAAAUAUUGUUGAAAAUAAAAAAACUGAUGCCGUUACUAAUAAGGAUAAGGAGGCAGCCUGGAGGCAAAUAGAAGAGAAUUUUAACUCCUGUGGAGUGUCCACAAAUGCCCGAUCGUGGAAGACCCUCAAAUUGAAAUACGAGGGUAUAAAAAAAAACACAAAAAAGAAAUCUUCUCUGCAAAGGCAAGAGAUGUACAAAACUGGAGGAGGGCCUUCAAAAGCUCCAGAAUUCAGUGAAAUCGAUGAAAAGGUGCUUAGCAUCUGCUCGAACAUAACAGGACUUGAGCCACGUCACGACAGUGACACUAUUUCAAAAUCUACUCCUCUGGAAGAAGUUGAAGAUAGUAAUAUUAUUUUUGAAAUAGAAGAAAUACCAGAAAAUUCAUUCCAACCCCAUCCAGUAGUUGAUUUGGCCAUCGGGAAAUUGUUGAGGACAAUCAAAAAGAAAAUAAUUGGGACAAAUGGCACCCAAAGGCUUUAAAAUCAAGGGUGUCCAAUGUAUUAAAACCAAAUGUCUCCAAAGCUAGUGUCACCGCCAAACUAGACAAAUUAAGCGAAGCUCGACUGGAGCUAGUACAGCUCCAAAUGAAGACUGCCAAACUUGAGCACCAGUUUAUGGAGGAGGAGCAUAAACUGAAAAUGUUGCAUUUAGCUAAUGAUGAGAGAAGAAAAGAAGAAUUACACUCAUUACAAUUAAAACAAAAUGGGUGUAAUUGUGGAGCAGUUCCAAAUACCAUGACUUAGAUUUUUGUUCAUUAUUUUGAAAAAUAAAAACUUGACUUUAAUAAAA